ACGCGGCAGCCUGACGGCGCGCGGCGGCACCGGCCAGUGGGCGGGCCAGUGGAAAGGCCAGGCCGGCCAGCCGGCCGAGGCGCAGGCCGCCAGAGGCUGGCCGAUCGAUGCGGACGAGUUGGACGCCUUCCUGGCGGAGCACGAGCACCUGCUGGACGGCCUGAACGAGGGCGAACUGGCCGAGGAGGUGCAUGGCGCCCUGCUCGACGAGAUCGCCGACCUGGCCGACCCGUCGGCCGACGCGAUCACCGGCCUCAUCAACGAGCUCUUCUGCCGGCACGGCGCGACCGAGCACCCGUCGCGGCCCGAACUCACGCGACUGGUGCUACAGUUCUGCCGACUCUCGCCGCUGCCGGCGCUCGUCGAACACGCGACACGAACGGUCGCGGCGCCCACGCCCGUCGCGAAGGCUGCCGACAGCCCUCGCGACGUGUCGCCCCGCCCGGCCGACUCGCUGCUUAACACGGCCGAGCUCAACGAGGCGGCCGUCAUUCGGAAGCGCCAUUUCGCCUUGUCGCGUCUGCUCGAGGUGAACAGCAGGCGGCUUCGUCUGCCCAGACCGGGCGAGACCUUGCAUCGGGCCGUCUUCGGCCAGUUGAUCGAGCUGAUCUCGCUGCGCGCCGACUGGAGCGCUGCCGCCCUGUUGGACAUGGUCCUGGAGACCUACAGCCAACAGGACGCCAACUCGCACCUGUCGAAAAGACCACUCGCUCUCUUCCUUGCCAACCGCGUGUGUCGCCUGGACGAGGCGGCCGCGCAACGUGAACUCGACCAGGCCGUGACACGAGCCGUUGCCCGCGAGGCCCAGGGCACGCCGGAAGGGAAUGCCGCGAAUAAAGAGCCAAAGGACGAUCUGCCCUUCAACAAGGCCGUGCUACAGAAGAAGCUGCGUUUCGAGGUAACCCAGUUGAAUCUGCCCUCAGCCGGACACCUGAUCGACGAGAUCCGAGGUCCCGGACUGGUGGACAAACUGGCCGGACUGAAAGAGCUGACACGAGCUAGUGUCGCAGCGCUGGUUGAUAAGCUAUAUGCGGAAAACGGGCUCAUUAACCAUCCGUCGCGCGCCAACCUGAUAAACUAUUUAUGCGAUUUUCUCAAGCUGCCCUCGGCCGAGGAAUCAGAAAGGGUCAAAAAAGAGAAGGAGAAGAUGAUCAUGGAGAUUUGUGACAGCUUUCAGACGAGGAGCCAGCCUCUACAAGCCACACCAAGCGUUCGCUACAAUAUAUCAGCAUGUACACGAGACGAACUGGUGGCCCAACUUACCUUCGAGCCAGUGGUGAACCGCGGCCUCUGCAAGAACUACUCAAACGACCAGAUGCUCUAUCGCAUCAUCCACAAACUGGAGAACCAUUUUGACAACGAACAUGACAUCAGCGACGAAAUGAUCCGUAAAGACCUCCUCUUAGCCUAUGCAGAAUUAUACGAGAACCCACUGGAUCGAGAGCUGCGAGAGGAUAUCAUUCAGCUUAUCAAAAAGAAGAUUCUUCCAUGGUUAGAGGAACAUCAAUGGGAG